AUGGCGCAGAAUCUCCUCGCGUUCUCCGUGUUAGCGGUUUUAGUUAUUUCCGUCGGAGUUAGUGCAAAACGUGGCUGUUCAGCGUUUGGCCACUCCUGUUAUGGCGGCCAUGGCAAACGAUCCGGAGAUAGUUUACAGCCAUCGAGUUCUGAAUUAUUGGGCCGUAGACAAUUAGGACAGGAGGAAACCCCACCACACCCAGUUUACCCUCACUCUGGGUACGGAAUCUUGCCUUCAGGAGACGACAUUAUACCGAUAAGAGACGGAGGCGUAUUUGAACGUGAGGACAGCGCUAGAGAUGUGAUGAAUAUGAAGCUCCGAAAUAUCGUUAAACAUUGGAUGGAUAGUUUCAGGCGGUUGCAACAAAACGAAGAUGGCCUCUACGUCGAAACGUUGUAA